AUGCCCAAAGGCCCACUAGGUCGAGGUACGACGACGACAGAGACCGGGAUAGGGAUAGAGACCGGGAUAGCCACCGUGAACGAGACAGAGACAGAGACCGAUACCGCGACGACCGGUACCGUGAUGACAGACGGCGGGACUAUCGGGACGACCGCAGAGACGACCGUGACCGUCGGCGGUCUCGCUCACGAGAGCGAAGGGACCGAGAAAAAGGGCGAGACACCGCCUGUUGAGGAUGAGAAGCUGAAGUCAAAGAGAGCAAAGUUAGAGGCAUGGAAGAAGGAGCGCGAGGCGAAGAAGGCGUUAGAUGAGGCCAAGGCCAAGGCAAUGGCCCUCGCCGGGAAGUCUGUUCCAGUUCCUGCUGCUACCGCUGCCGCGGUACCCGCAAAAACGACUGUGCACCUCAACCGAUCUGCACUCGGCGGCCUGGGGCUGAAGGGCUUGCCUUUGAAGCCAGAUCUGCUCAAGACAUCCAAGCUGAGUGCUCUGGACGACGCCGUUGAGACGAAGCGCAAGCUCGAGAUGUUGGACCUGCCCGAGGUCGACAUGACUAUGGAUCCACUGGCAACCGUGGGUAAUCUCGAGGUUGACGAUGACGAAGAGGAUGCAUCCGGCGCGACGCCCCAGGCAAAGGUGAAGGACGUCAUAGUGGAAGACGAGGAUGAUGUCGAUCCUCUCGAUGCUUUCAUGUCUGGCGUGAAGGAGGAAGUAAAGAAGGUCAACAUUGAGGACCUCAAGAAGUUGAAGGCCAACGACAGUCGUGUCCGCCUUGACAGCGGGACUCUGGACGAUGGCCCUGAGGAUGUUGACGGUCCUGAGCUUGAUGAACUAGAUGCAACCGAGCUCAACCCAGAAGAUAUCUUGGCCUUAGCCGCUAAGAAGGCGAAGAAGAAAGACCUUGCUGCCAUCGACCACUCGCGCAUUGCCUACGAGCCCUUCCGCAAGGAGUUUUACACUGCACCCCCGGAUAUCGCUGCAAUGACCGACGAGGAAGCGGAUCUCCUUCGCUUAGAGCUAGACGGGAUCAAGAUCCGUGGCGUCGACUGUCCUCGUCCUGUCACAAAAUGGAGCCACUUUGGUCUCCCAGCGAGCUGUCUAGAAGUCAUUAAGAAGCUUGGCUAUGCAGGGCCUACGCCGAUUCAGGCGCAAGCCAUUCCCGCCAUCAUGUCCGGGCGAGAUGUUAUUGGUGUAGCGAAGACGGGUUCCGGAAAGACGAUUGCCUUCCUCCUCCCUAUGUUCCGGCACAUAAAGGACCAGCGGCCAUUAGAGCAGAUGGAGGGACCUGUCGCCGUGGUCAUGACCCCGACACGAGAACUGGCUGUGCAAAUUCAUCGGGAAUGUAAGCCGUUUUUACGCGUCUUGGGCCUGCGAGCUGUAUGCGCGUACGGGGGUUCUCCGAUCAAGGACCAGAUUGCCGAAAUGAAGAAGGGCGCUGAGAUUAUUGUGUGCACCCCGGGACGAAUGAUCGACUUGCUGACCGCGAAUUCCGGCCGUGUUACCAACCUCAAGCGCGUUACGUACCUCGUCCUCGACGAAGCCGAUCGGAUGUUCGACAUGGGCUUCGAACCUCAAGUCAUGAAAAUAGUCAAUAACAUUCGGCCAGACCGCCAGACAGUUCUCUUCUCUGCAACGUUCCCGAGGCAGAUGGACUCGCUUGCGCGGAAGAUUCUGCGGAAGCCCCUUGAGAUCACAGUUGGCGGUAGGUCCGUUGUAGCGCCGGAGAUCGACCAGAUUGUUGAGGUGCGGGAUGAGGAGUCGAAGUUCAACCGCCUCCUCGAGAUCCUGGGCCAGACGUACAAUGAGGACCCGGAGUCGAGGACGCUAAUAUUCGUCGACCGCCAAGAGGCUGCGGAUGAUCUUUUGCGCGAGUUGCUCCGCAAGGGGUACCUAUGCAUGUCCCUUCAUGGCGGCAAAGACCAGGUGGACCGUGACUCGACGAUCGCGGACUUCAAGUCGGGCGUUGUCCCGAUUGUCAUCGCGACCUCUGUUGCCGCAAGAGGCCUGGAUGUCAAGCAGCUCAAGCUGGUCAUCAACCAUGACGCCCCAAACCACAUGGAGGACUAUGUCCAUCGUGCGGGCCGGACAGGUCGUGCCGGCAACAAGGGGACGUGUGUCACGUUCAUUACCCCGGAGCAGGACAGGUAUUCUGUCGAUAUCUAUCGAGCUCUGAAGGCAAGUAAUGCUAACGUCCCGAAGGAGCUGGAAGAUUUGGCCAAUGGCUUCCUCGAGAAGGUCAAGUCCGGCAAGGCUAAGAUCGCCGGCUCUGGAUUUGGUGGCAAGGGGCUUGACAGGCUCGAUCAGGAGCGCGAUGCCAAGGAGAAGGCAGAACGCAAGGCGUACGGCGAGCCAGAAGAGGAGAAGGCCGCCGUUGACGAGCCUGCAAAGGCGGCCCCGGUGACCGACGAUAUGACGUUCGGCUCGUUCAAGGUCGAGGUCAAGCGCGGCCCCGCACCAGACUCGUCCAAGGGCCUUCUCGGCGUUGCUGGGGCUGCCGCGGCAGCACGCCGCCUCGCCCAGGCGAAGGAGGAGGAGAAGAUCCAGAACUCGCUGCGCGUGGCGGAGGAGGCCGCCGCCCGGGCGGGUAAGGACACCGCAGCGCACAAGCAGGCGCUGAGCGUCGUCGCGAAGCUGAAUGCGCAGCUGCGGGCGCACAAGCUCGUCGCACAGUCGCAACUGCAGCACGAGGAGCUCACGGGGAAGAAGGGCGCGGUGGACGCGACCGAGUUCCAUGCGAUCAUACCGAUCAACGACUACCCGCAGAAGGCGAGGUGGCGGGUCACGAACAAGGAGACGAUGGUGCAGCUCAUCGACAUGACUGGUGCAUCAGUUACCAACAAGGGCAUUUACUACGAACCGAGCAAGGAGCCUCCGCCGGAAGGCCCGCCCAAGCUGCAUCUUCUCAUUGAGUCUAAUGAGGAGUGGAGAGUCGAGCAGGCCGUGCGGGAGAUCAAACGUCUGCUCGUCGAGGCGUCUGCUGCCGCUCUGCAGGCUGAGAUGCGUAAUCCGACGGCUACAGCUGGUCGGUACAGUGUCGUGUAGUCAGUUGUUGUAUCAUGUGCUCCAUAUCUGCCUGUGUAAGUCUGUCAAGCUGUGAAUGUUGCGCGACACUAGUCAUUGAGCCAUCUGUGGCGCUCC